CGCGCACAGACGAAGAGACGGAAACACGGGACUGUGUCUGCGUAUUUAUAGAAUCUUCCAGAAUGUGUGGGGCAGCGUAGAACACGCGCACGCGCACACAGCUGCACACGUGUCCAUCCAGAUGAGACUAAACGUUUCCUUGCGGGCACGUUCACAGAACUGACCUCAAUUCAGAAUAAAAGCUUGGGGUUUACACACGGUCCGUGAAGGCGUCACGGAGGCGUCUUUGCUCUCUUUGUUUUAACCUUAUUUUAUUUCAGGAUUUGUAUUUGAAUCUUGACCUAAACCUGCUGUUAUUAGAGAUACCAUUGAUAAAAGGUUCCAGGUCAGUUUUGAAUCCAUUCAAUCCUUUCCUCGCGCUGACUGACAGCUCCGCCCAUGCAUUUUCUGCAGGUGUUCUUUGACAUCACGGUGGCGGGUCACGAGGUGGGACGCGUCGUCAUCGGCCUGUUUGGAGAGGUCGUCCCUCUCACUGUCAACAACUUCGUUGCCCUGGCAACAGGAGAGAAAGGUUACGGCUACAAAGGAACCAAGUUCCACAGAGUCAUCAAGGAUUUCAUGGUCCAGGGAGGAGACUUCACCGCUGGUGACGGGAGCGGAGGUCACAGCAUCUACGGAACCGUGUUUGCAGAUGAAAACUUCAAACUAAAGCAUUUAGGAGCUGGUUGGGUGAGCAUGGCCAACGCCGGUCCCGACACCAACGGAUCCCAGUUCUUCGUGCUGGCCGUCAGGGCGCCGUGGCUGGACGGGAAACACGUGGUGUUCGGCAAAGUCCUGGACGGGAUGGCCGUGGUCCACACCAUCGAGCUGCAGGACACCAACGACAGGAACCUCCCGCACACGGAGUGUGUGAUCGUCAACAGCGGCAGGAUUCCCGUCAAGGAGCCGUUCGUAGUGGAGGUGGAGGGCUGGUGAACAGAUCCCAGAUCAGAAGUCAAAUAUUUAAGCCACUAAACGCCUGACCUCCAUCAUAAAGUAGCUUUUUCAGUUUUAGUGAAGUUAUUAACUGUAGCCGAUGAAAUCGUCUGUGGGACAAGAAGGGAAGUCGACAAUGAGACAUCAGACAUUUGAUGGGUUGAUGCAGGUUCUGCACAAAUCUGGACUAGAGUCAAACAACAUGUCACACCAUCAACUAUGACACAGACCACUCCGAUUAAAUCACAGAAAGGCUACGUGAUGGAUUCAUCCUGUGAAAGGUGCCGUGAGAAAAACCAGAGCUCCUCAUUUUCACUUGUUGCCAAACGACUUUGACUUUCUAUGCAUCUAGAAAAGUUUGCACACGUUCAUUCAGCUCCUGCAACAAACAACUGUGUUUCCUUCUGAGACUGAAUUAUGCUUCCGAACAGGCGUCGCCCUCAGCCAAUCAGCUCACAGCGGGUUUUAGGUUUACAUGGAGAAGCAUCAUUUCACUAUCUUUUCUGUUGCGUUUCAAACCAAACAUAUCAGCUUGUUCUGUGUUCAAUGACAGCUCUAUUUUCUACAAUAAACAGUAGUCUGGUGUAAAACA